CCGUGCUGUCAGGAUAAUUGAAAUCUCAUUUCGCAUUCAAUGCAAACAGAGGAACGUUAUCUUAUUAGGCCGUGUGAUCUUACAUGCAAAAAUACCAGCUCCUACUGCUGCGUUCACACGUUUUCCCAGUGCCACGCGAAGCCGCAAGGAGACCACGUAUCCAAAGGUCCCGAAAAGUGCGAUAUGACAAGUGCGAAUACGCCAGGAAGUGCAUCAUCAGUUUUCAAAGGCUUGGAAUUGGCAACGGCGGUAACAGCGACUGUGAGCCACAGAAACAGCAGCAGCAGCAGCAGCAGCAACAACAGGGUUACAAGUGCACAGGUCUCGCCAUCAGCGGACAACAACGCUACUGUGAUGUCCCCAGCUGCAGCGUUUCAGUCAAAUAAUCAGCGUGCGACAGGUUACAGCAUGGAAAAGUUCGAGACAGAAGAUAAGACCACCCUCUUUCGACCAUGGGACGAGAAGGUCGCAACAAAAGCGACGAUAGCACCGAAGAAAAAUCCCGCUGAACGGCGUCGUCGUAGUUCGAGCAAAGACAGCAAAGAAGUAACUCAGCAGCGGUCCCACAACCACAGCGAUGAAGUACACAGCAUCCUCUACAAGUGGCUUCGCGACAACCUUGUUAAACCCUAUCCAACCAUUGCAGAAAAGAAGCGACUGGCUGCCAAGACAAAGCUCCGAUAUCGACAGGUUUCUUACUGGUACACUAAUGCCCGACGUCGUCUGGUGCCGAAAAUGAUUGAAGCAGAGAACAAGCGUAGAGCCGCCUGUGACCAACCUCCACUGAAGGUCGAAGCAUUUACUAUGAGCAACUGCACAUCUUCCUCACCAUGCUCCUCAGAGGAAUCCGCUGAUGCUAAGACCGACUAUAGUACUUUUGCAUCACCCACAGAUAUCCCCAUGGAGACGGAGAAUUCUCUCGCACCCAGAUCUCUCAUGCUCCCAUCCCCUUGCAGUAUUUCAGACAAAAGCGGCACGAGUAGAUCUACAAGGAGUAGUUCACUGCCUGGCAUUGCCUUCAGUCCGGUGGGAGCAAUCAGUGCGUUGAGAGGAGCAUUGCCACAUGCACAGCCCGUUGCUUGGACAGGCGACAGGGCAGCUGAGCCCGCCAGUUCUCCCAGCCACAAGUCAACAUCAGCUGCUGCUGCCUGUCAUCCCUCCUCUUCUUGCCAUUUGGAAUCAUCAGCAACAGCACGCAUUUCCAAAGGCGAUAAAGGCGAUCGUAAAGCCCAGCGCCCAGCAACCCUACUACCUAGUCACUACGUGACUGUACAACAGCAGCAGCAGACUAAUGCCAGCCCACCAUCUCACUCGGUUUCUAGCACCGCAACACCAGUGCACGCAGAGCAGCCCGCACCGCCUGUGCAGCCUGUACAACCGGUACCCAACAUAACCAUUGCUCCACCUGCUCCACCUGCUGCAUCGGCAAUGAUUGUACAGGCACCCACAGUGAGCAAUACAGCGAUGUUUAGCCCGGCCACCGUGAGGAUGCCGUUCCAAGUAGUGCACCAAUUCCCAGCAGCACAUCCAGCAGCAGUGGCAGCAGCAGCAGCGCCAAUGUACAACGAUCCUUCUACACUGUCGCUGGCCCAAGCAUCCGGCUCAGUAAGGUUCCUUCCCAGCAGUCAUGUGACCGUUCCGAGAUUGCAGCCUCUCCAUGUGAUUAGCAUGAUCCCCACUGCCUCACCGAUGCAUAUCCCAGCCAGCACGAUACCAUAUCCGCCUCAGCAUGCAAUGCAACUGGCACCCGCACAGGCAGUACAAGCAGUUCAGCCAGCUCAGCAAGCAGCAGCAGCAGCAGUAGCACUACCACAACUGCAGCAGCAGCAGCAGCAGAUCAUGGUAUUGCAAUACACACCCACCACAUCACCCAACCAUCCGGACACUGCAGCGGCCGUAUCUGCGGGCCAUGGAUCCACUGCGUCCACUGCCCAAUCAUCGCCACAGUAUCCAGUUGUUACGAGUACCACACAGUAUAGAUCAGCUGACGGUCAGCUGUAUCCCAUUGCCAUUGUGCCUGCUCCUCAGCAAGGUAUCCCAGUCACCACCACCACACAUGACACCUAACUUAAAUACAACGUCCGCUCCAAUACAGGCUUACAGCCCUGAAUAAAUUCAAUGGAAUAGGAGAUGAGUUUUUUCGCCAGCAGUGAGCAAUGUGCACUGAACACCAGCCGCAGACCGUCUACUUUACAAUAGCCCUGUUGUUUGAAACACCAUAGGUGUACUUUUAGGUUGUUUUGUGAUCCUGAACAAACCGUCUUUUUCAUGUCCUCGCAUUUUUAAAGUGAACAAUUUUGAUCUAAUGUGGAGUCCUGCACUUGUUGACAAGGCGCGGCACACAUUGGUGUAUGCUAAUAUAAUAUUCCAACGUCAUCACUAUUUGGCUGUGCAAGUUGGACUGAGUGCCAUGCGCGGCGGGAGUGUAACUUACUGACAUCUUGACAAUAAUAUUGAUAACUUCCUUCACCACUUUUUCACUACGGCUUUUUCACUACUUUUUCACUACUUUUUCUUGUUAUUUCCUGUAAUGUAUGAUUCAGUACGGUACGUGCUCAUUGUUUAAUUAUACAAUCAUAGCCACUGUUCAAUGAGCUGAUUGCUCUUGUAUUCCUAUUUUUAGUUUGCGGUAAUUUAUGACAAUGAGCUUUACCACGGACGUGUUGUUAUGCACAAACUUGCUUCACUCUUUGAGACAUCCUCUACGAAAUUUC